AUGGCUCGUGGCAAUCAGCGCGACAAGGCCCGCGAGGCCAACCAGAAGAAGCUGGCCGCCCAGAAAAAAGGCAACACCAUGAGCGGCACUGAAAUGCAGCGCGCCAAGGAGAGCGCCGCUGACAUUAUGCGCCAGAAGCAGGCUGCUGCCGAGGCGAGAAAGGCCGAGACCGCAGGCAAGAAAUAA